AGCUCUGCAGCUCUGGGAGCAGGGUGUCAUCUCACCGCCGCAAGAGCAUACGCAGGACACCUGGCGCCCCGCACACCUGCCCGCCGGCCGCAGUGCCCCCAGCGGCAUGGACUCCCUGAGCCUCACCUCCGCCCCGCGGGCCGCGCUGCUGCUCAGCCUGGCCCUCGCCGCCUGCGCCCCGGGCCCCACAGAAGCCAGCAGCAGCAGAAACUCCACCAUGACUGUGCCCCAUGCAGACCCGGAGACCCUGGAGCACUGCCCCAACAUCGACUUCUGUCCGCAAGCAGCCCGGUGUUGCCGCUCGGGUGUGGAUGAAUACGGCUGGAUCGCGGCGGCUGUGGGGUGGAGCCUCUGGUUCCUCACUCUCAUCUUGCUCUGUGUGGACAAGCUGAUGAAGCUGACCCCGGAGGAGCCCAAGGACCUCCGAGCGUGAGACCGUCGUGGCCAGCACCGUCACUGUGUAGCUAGUGGAGGGAGGAGAGGAAUGCAUCCAGAAGUGUGACUGCUGUUGUUUAAAAGUUGUUUUCACUUUAAAGCUAAAGCUUGCUCAUUCA